AUGGAAAGCAAAGCUGAUAGCUUCAAAGAAACCUAUGAUUCUGGCAUGGAUAUUGAUCCCGAAAAGACUAUUCCCAAUCCUCCAAAAUACGAAAGACAGAUCUGUCUCGAUGAUGCUAAAUCAUUAACAAACUUUCUUAAACUUUCCAGAUUGAACGUUGAUGAUAGCAUUAGAACCCGGAUCAACAGUGUGAUAAAUCAUCACGAAUCGAAGGAUAAGAAAUCAAUUCUUUCAUUUCAGAGGCCUAACUAUGCCACGGAUUCACCGUGCUUACCGCUCAUUAAACAAUUCAUUUUUCCACAAUGGUGCAGAAGAGUUGAUGCUAUCAAAUUUUGUCAGAGCGAAGUAACUGAAAUGGCCAAGGAGGUAGAAAAUGAUCCAGAUUUGAAUAUGUCAGAUGAGGAGAGGAACGAACUCUUGAGGAUUGAUCCAUAUGCAAUGAGGGAUAUUGCAAGAAAAAAGAUUGAAAAAAGUGAAGAGAUUAAUGCUCUGAUCACUAAAUGGGCCAACGAGAGGGAAAUUGAGGGUAUCGUUAGAGAAAGAAGCGAAGAAGUAAUUUACGAUCUAUGCGAUAUUACCAACUUUGAUGUGAAACACGAGUUCUUGAAGUACUGUGGUGGUGUGAGCAAGAAAUAG